CUUCUCUCCCUCUAUCUCCGUCCCAUAAGGUCUCAAGGAAGAACUCCGAUUUACUCUGUAUAUUUCUCUAUUAAUCCCCCCCGGCAAUACCCACUGCCAGCCGGGCCAAGAGAUAGUUAUUGAUAAAUUGGCCACAGGAAAGCCGAGGAUUGUGCACACUUUCAACCACCUUGACAGAUUACUCCGUUAAGAGUAGCUUGCCGACAGUGCGAGUGCGAAAACCCGUAUGGAUUUAAUAAUACCCUUCUAGUGCCUUAUGGCCUCGCUUUGCCUGCGCUGCAAUGUCCGGGUCUUGGAAGGGGAUGCUCAACUAGACGGCGUUUAGUUCAGCAGAUGGGCGUGGUUGUUGUCGAGAGAAAGGCCAUGAUGAUAACUAACUAAUCAUAACGCAAUCUUUUUUUUUCUUCCUCUCCUGUUCCCUUUUCCUUUGCUCCGACUCGAGACUUGAAACUUCUUCCCAGAUUCUUCAACACUCAGCUUCAGCAAGACUUCAAGAUAAUCUGCUGACUCACGCAAUAAUCCCCCUCCUGGAAUAGUUACUCUCCUGGGAAAACCUGUAGAAAACAUACGCUCUUGAUUGAGACUGCUGCAACUUUGGUUGAAAUGACCAGCACCCGCCCUAGUCACUGGUCCCUCGAAAGGGAAUUCGAUAGUAUCCAUGGAGGGCGAAAUCGCUUUGACAUAUUUAUGGUAUCGAGAGCAUACUGUUAGACUUGUCUGGUGGAAUCUCGCAUCUUCAUGAAAAUGUGUGAAUGGUGGCAGUCCAACUCGUCGUAUCCUGGUAAAGGGAGGAUGCUGUAAACGUAGGCUUGAUACAACAAUCUAGAACCGGCUGCCGAUUGGAUUUGAAUCAGGGUAACUAUCGCUCUCACUAGGAUCUUUGGUUAGCUCCAACAAUAGGGAUUUCUCCUCGAGCAUCAUGAAUUGUCAUGGAUCUUGAUCUGAUCGAUCUGAUAUUAGAACUGGAUCGAAAUACCGUGCUUAAUCAGCCACAUCACAUGACCCAGAGGCAGCAAUCCCGUGACGCGUGAGCUCAACCUCCAGCUCCGAGCGAAAGAGCGCAGAUAUACAAGAUACAAGACCUUGAAGCCGAUAUCAUUGCUUAGACCUGGGCUCUUGAGACAUUCCUUCUCUUACUGCUGCAUCCCACCCUGUUAUCUCCCUCACAACUGUUCCUCCUAUCCCACUACACCUCCCGAAUCCCUCUCCUCCCAUCAUUAGUCGCAGACCACAGCUCCAGAUAUGACGUCCAUAGGCACCGGCUACGAUCUUUCGAACUCUAUCUUCUCUCCCGAUGGCAGGAAUUUCCAGGUCGAAUACGCAGUGAAAGCAGUAGAGAACGGCGGCACAUCCAUAGGAAUUAGAUGCAAAGAUGGCGUUGUUCUGGCCGUUGAGAAGAUCAUAACGUCCAAACUCCUCAAACCCGGCGCUAAUAAGCGCAUAUUUACCGUCGAUAGACAUAUUGGAAUUGUAUCCUCAGGCCUCCUCCCCGACGGCCGGCAUUUCGUAUCCAGAGCCAGAGACGAAGCCGACGAUUGGAGAUUUACAUACAAAGGCCCCAUUGCCACACAUGUCCUCGCUAGCAGAUUAGGCGGUUAUGCACAAGCAUAUACCUUAUACUCCAGCGUGCGGCCGUUUGGUGUCACCUCUAUCAUUGGUGGCUGGGAUUCGGAGCUGGAGCUCCCCGUGGACGGACAGGUGGGAUCCGGCCCCAAGUCUGGCGCUGGUGGGAAGGUUGCGAAUUCCAAGGCUGGUGGGCCAGGGUUGUAUAUGAUUGAGCCGAGUGGGCUUUACUGGGGCUACUACGGCGCCGCAACAGGCAAGGGGCGCCAAGCUGCCAAAGCUGAGCUAGAGAAACUUGACCUGGCCUCAGGUAACUUCACACUACUAGAAGGUGUCAAGGAGGCCGCCCGUAUCAUAUAUGUUGCGCAUGAGGAUAGCAAGGAUAAAGACUUUGAGCUGGAGAUGACGUGGAUUAGUGCUGCGGAUGGGCCAACGAAGGGCCGCCAUGAGGAGGUGCCGAAGGAGUUGCUUGAAGAGGCUAUUCGGGAUGCUAAGAAGGCUAUGGAGGGAGAGGAUGAGGACGAGGAAGAGGAGAAGCAAGGGGAGGGUGAGGGCGAUAAGAUGGAGGAGUAGUGGAUUUUGGGUUUGGUUCUCUUUAAUGUCGUGUUAAUCCAAGAAAUAUUUUGUCUGCAAAGUUGAGCUCUUUUUUCAUGGUUGUGCGCUGCGCUCUACUUUCUUAUAAGAUCCUCUAGAUAUAAAAAAAUAAAUAAAUAAAAUAAAAAAAUAAAUCUUUCGAUUGUCUUUUCC